AUGGGCUGCUCGUGGCCGCUCGUGCUUCUGCUACUCGUGCAUUGGUCACGCUCGACACCGCUCAUUACUACCGCCGACCUACACGCGGAGCUCAAGGAUGGCGCUGUUACGUCGCGCCGACUCAGUGGGAGCGGCAACGCGAGCCUCUUCCGCGCGAUCGCCGGCCACGGCUUUCGCACGCAGAGCAACGCGGCCAUCUUGCCGAAUCUGAGCCUCGAGGCGUGUGCGACGGCGUGCGUUCGCGACGCCGCCUGUCUCGCGUUCGACCUCGAAGCCAGCACGUGCUACAUCGCGCAUACGGACCGCUACGCCCACCCCGCCGACUUUCUGCCCCGUCCCGCAAGCACCCACUAUGAGUGGCAAGGCGCGGUGGCCACGCCGACAAUAUGGCCCAACGGUGGCGUCUUGACCUCGUACGGCGCGGUCCAGCUCUUUACCACGUCGCGCAAGGCCAGUAUUUGGUAUGCGCUACAGGCUAUCGCUGACGGAGCAACGACCAACUACGCGGCCUACGCCAUCGGGACGACGAUCACACUACCCGAGUACCCGUGCUACGUCCUUGCCUAUGCAACCAAAGCGGGCCUGGCCGACAGCGCCGUGCUCGUGUCCAACCCGUUUACGAUCUACGGCAAGUCGACCAAGUACAUGUACCUUGUGCCCUUUUACAACGGGUAUGGCUUCCACGGCCUCGUCACCCAAGUGCAGCUCGACGUCCAAGGCGUCAAGCGCCCGCGGCCGUCGCGCGUGCUCGAAUUUACCGACAUCAAUACGACACUUGGCAUUGGACCGUACGCCAACCAGCUACAGACGAUCAACCUCACGGCGUACGAUCCGCGGCUCGCGGGGUUCUACGACGGCUUUACCGGUGCGUUCGUCUCGCACGCCUCAACGUCAACCGCGCAUUUUGAGAUAGCCGUCGCCACCGUCGAGUAUGUCAACGUGAGUUUGCAAUCGUUCCGCAACACAUCGCGCUGGGUUCUGAUCCCAACCGACGCGUUCGCGCCGGCGAUGGGCGACUACGUGUAUAACCCGUCGCUGCGCCGCCAAGAAGAGUACUUGUACCUGUGUCCGUACCAAAAUGCGCAGGGCUACUCGGGCGUCAUUGCCAAACUCAACGUCCGCGGCUUCCAAGCGUCGACGAAAAACGACCCGCCGUUUUCGCCGCUUGUGCACACGCUCGAUUUGACCCAGAUCGAUGCGUCCCUCACAGGAUUUAGCGCCUGCUUUACGAGUGGCAACUAUGGCUACUUUGUCCAGCGGCGCAACGCCAACGGCCUCGCGGGCUGCAUUGUGCGCGUGGACCUCGCGCGCUUUGGCACGCCGUCGUCCGCUGUGACGGUACUCAACGCGACCGCGAUCGACGCACGCUUUGUCGGUUUUAGCGGCGCUGUUGUCGGCUUGGAGCGCAACAUCAACUACAAGCACUUUCCGAGCGCGACCUCGAGCGUCGUGGGCGUCCUCGACUUGAACACGUUUGCCACCGUGGUGCCCCUCGACCUCGCCGUGCUGCAUCCCAAGUACGCGUGCGGCUACUUUGGUGGCUUUAUGGUGAGCCAGUAUGCCUACUUUGUGCCGUACAUGUGGACGACCGACACGACGUCGCCAGAAGUGAACCCGUACCAUGGUCUCUUGACGCGGCUCAACACGAACACGCAAACGCUCGAGCAGCUGGACCUGACGGCGGUCGACGCGUCGCUACGCGGCUUCAUGCGCGGCUUUGCCUUUGGCCGGUAUGCCAUUUUGGUGCCGCACCGCAAUGGCCUGACGACCCAGCGCCCCAUGCGCCUCAACAAGCCGCAGAAGAACAAUCUCGGCACGAUCGUGGCCGUCGACACCGACAACUUUACACCGUCCGGCGUUCGGUUCCUCGAUCUAACGCUGGCGCUGCGCAGUCAGAUCCCCAACAUGCCAGACGCCGACCUUCGCGGGUUCAUUGGUGGCGGCGUCUCGGGCGAGUAUGGCUUUUUCGUGCCGUACUUUAACGGCGUCCGCUUCUCCGGCAAGGUCGUGCGCGUGAAUUUGCGGACAUUUGGAGAGGUCCAAGUCCUCGACAUGACGCAGCAGCAAGACGCACUGCGGGGGUUCACGAAUGCUGUGUUUCCCCAGUUGGCGACGCAGACGCAGACGUCGCUUUGGAACUAUGUGAUCCCCGAUGGCACCCAAGUCCAGUACAACUUUAUCACAAUCGACAUGUAAUCUACGACAUUGUUUUCCAACACCCAACGUCAAAGCAG